GUCCUUUCAAAACAAAUCCUUCGCCAGAAGUAAACACGCUGCGCUGCGAAGAUUCGCAUUUUCCGAUAAAAACCUUCUUUUCGGAACAAAUCUCUGAAUUUUUGUUGCCGAAUCGUCGCUCCGUAACCCAUACUACGGUGCUACAAUGGGCAAGAAAAAGUUCAUCGACAAGAAGAAGGCGGUCACGUUCCGGCUGGUAAACCGUAGCCAGCAGGAUCCGCUGUUUGUGGACGAGAACGCCCCGCAGCACGUGCUCGUUCCGGUGUCCGCGCCGGGUCGUUCCGACGACGAUCCGCGAGCCCCUUCCCGUGCGUCCACUUCCGGUGGCAAGGUCGAGCCAGAAAAGCGCAAACAGGAGCAGGCCAAGUUUGGGGUGUACUUUGACGACGAUUACGAUUACCUGCAGCAUCUGAGGGAGCCUGGAAGGAAUGAGGUGUACUGGGAACCGGUGCAGCCGGCGAAGACGGCCGGGGCGGAAAAGGUCAGCAUCAAGUUGCCCAGCUCGGUGUUUGCGUCGGAGGUUGAGGAGGAGGACGGAUUGAUGAAGAAGAAGGCACAGAUGAGACCAGGGCCGCGGCCGGAUUGGGAUCCGGACGUGGUGGCGGCGCUGGACGAGGAUUUCGACCACGAGAACCCGGACAAUGCGCUGGAGGAUAACUUUAUGGAGCUGGCCAUGGGAGGGGAGGGGGAGGACGAUUACUUCGACGAAGGGGAGGAGGACGAGUACAGCGACGUGGACUCGAACGAGGCUGGAAUGUCUGGCGACGACGACGAGGAGCGGGACGGGUUGGGACCGCUGGCGUUCGACCGGGAGGAAACCAAGUCACGCUUCACGGAAUACUCGAUGAGCAGUAGCGUGAUUCGGAGGAACGAGCAGCUGUCGCUGCUGGACGAUCGGUUCGAGAAGUUCUACGAGCAGUACGACGAUCCGGAGCUGGGGGCGCUGGACUGCGAAGACAUCGAGGGUCACGUGGACAUCAACGACAGUGUCCUGAUGCAGUACGCCGAGGAGUACCGGAAGGAGCGCGACGAAAAGUACGAGGUGGCGUACGACAAGCAGUGGGAUAAGGAGAGAAUCUUAAAGCUGCAGGAAGUCUCGUCGGACGAGGAGGAGAUGGUCGUGCUGGAGGUCGAAGACGAGUCGCAGAAAAAGUGGGACUGCGAGAGUAUCCUGUCCACGUACAGCAACAUCUACAACCACCCGAAGCUGAUCGAGGAGCCGCGCAAGGCGCCGAAGAUCAGCAUCAACCCGAAAACCGGCCUGCCGAUGAACGUGCUCGGUGCGGACGGCAGCAAACUGACCGUCAAGUCGCUCGCCAAGCUGGGUCAGGACGAGAGCAGCCCGUCGAAGCCCACCGGUCCCAAGUCCCUCUGCGACGGCAGUGUAAUCUCCACGCUGAGCGUGCUGUCGAUCCGGCCAAAGGACGAAACGCCCGAGGAGAAGCGCGAGCGCAAGAAGCUGCUGAAGGAGUACCGUGCGGAGCGACGAAUAGAGCGCAAGGCCAACACGCUCGCGUUCAAGGAGGAGAAGAAGCAGCAGGAGAAGAGCCAACAGAACAGCCGCGUCAACGCGGGGGUAAGGAUCGUGUGAGAAGGAGGUGUGGUGAAUUCGUUAGGGGUUGCUUCACGGAAGAUAUAUUUGUGCGUUUACAUUUAAUUAAAAUAUUCAUUUACCUACUCUCA